AUGUCAUUAUGUGGCUUAAUCAGUUUAAAUCAUGCUAUGUACCUGUCAUUUGUUCUUCAUUAUUUACCUGUCGAUUUCAAUAUUAUUUUCAAUCAUGCAUUUAGUCAAAUGACGACAACAUUUUUCGUCUUAGCAUGUGUUAAUCAUUAUUUUGUUUGUCAGAAUAAACAAUUUCUUUUCUCAUUCAAUCUUUAUCAAAUCAGUAUUCGAAUUAUUCCAAGUGUUAUUAUAUUCUGGCUUUGUCUCGCUAUAUUCUCAACAAUGUUCGAUUCCAUUGCUGAAAUAACAUAUGAUGCAUCACAAGGCAUCGAUGAAAUUAUAUAUACUAUUUAUAUUCUAAUUAGUCUUGAUAUUUUUCUAUCAUUAACUUCAAUUGCUUUUGAAUCAUUAACUUGA